AUGGGAGACGUCGUGUUGAAGUUAGCUCGUACCGCCCCGUAUUAUCGUAGAAAUCGUCCGCAUAUAUGCUCUUUCUGGGUAAAAGGUGAAUGUAGAAGAGGUGAGGAGUGUCCUUAUCGGCAUGAAAAGCCUACGGAUCCUGAUGAUCCACUUUCUGAACAAAACCUGAAAGAUCGUUACUACGGUCAUGAUGACCCAGUUGCAGCCAAAUUACUGUCGAAAUAUGACUCAAUGCCUAAGCUUACACCUCCAGAGGACCGUACAAUAACUACUUUGUAUAUUGGAGGUAUUCCUGAAGGCAUGACGGAAAAGGAUCUACGUGAUCACUUUUAUCAAUUUGGUGAAUUACGUUCUGUCAAUCUUCACGCCAAACAACGGUGUGCUUUCAUACAAUUCACUACUAGAAGUGCUGCAGAACGUGCCGCCGAACGAACUUAUGAUCGGUUAAUUUUAGGUGGCCAUCGGUUAACCGUUAAUUGGGGAAAAUCACCAGCGGCUUUGGCUGCAGCUAAUUCUCACUUAUCAGCAUGA